AAUUAUUUUUCAAUCUAAGAGAAGAAUAACAUUUUUAAUCUGAGGAACUCUUUAAUUAGUGAAAUUAAAAUUUUACAAUUAAAGAUUGAUGAAAUUAAAAUUUUCUGUGCGUUAAAAUAAUUAAAGUACUCCAAAUUACAAUUAGACAGCAAAAAAAAUUGUCCCCGACCAUCGUGGAUAUAUGAUAUAUCAUUUACAUACUUGCAAUCAUAUGGAAUAUUGAUUAUUGUAUGCUCUGAUAUAGUAACAAAAGCAAUAAGUUCGUCAUGACAUGCUGAUUGACAGCUGAAGACAACAAAAGAAGAGUAGUUAAAUAACAUUUGCACAGCUGUCUCCCUAAAAGAUGGUACCAGUUCAUUUGAUAUAAUGAUAUAUUAUGAUUGAUGCAGUAUGAUUUAAGCUUGUAGUCAAAAAAGGAUCUACUAGUAAACACUUCUCUGCCAUUCUGACAGACACUUUGAAUUGUUUCAACCAAUACGUUAUUGAUAACAAAGGCAAACAAAAUAGUAUAUUUGUAAGUGAAUUAUCAUUUUCUCUUUUCUAAUCAAACUUUAUAAUCAUCGACCACAUGUAGUAGACUGUUAAUAAUAAACAAAAGAUUACACGAAUACACCUACUUAACAUCCGGUUAAAAUUUUUUGUUAACUUCCUUAAAUUCUUUAAUGAGUAUUUUUUACUAGUAUAAGGUUUCAAUGCUAAAUAUUGUGAACACAAUAAUUUUUUAAUGAUAAAGCUACAUAUAUGUAUAAACAACAAUGAUCGUGACUUAAUAGUAAAAUAAAAUCGCGGUGCCAUUCGAUCCAAUGCCAUUAACGCAAAUUUAAAAAAAAACAACAAAACGCAAUCGAUAAUAUUUGACGAACCCGCUGACAGUUGAAGUUCAAUCAACAUUGAUGAUCAAUAGCGUUAAACGAUUGAACGAAAGACAAACUCAUCAAAUUAGUUUACCGCACUCAGUUGAUAUUAAAAUAUUAUUCUAUUAACAAAUAUAUAUUAACAAAUUAUUAUUACUUUAAUCGUAUUGAAUGUGUUGUAAUCAAUCUUAUCUGUGUACAUUCACAAUUGAUUGCUACUAUUUACUUAAUACUCAUCAACGCCGUACGGACUUGCGCUAAAACCGAGACGACAGUCGUGUGAACGCGGCAGAAUCGUCAGGUGGAUCGGUCACAGCUAACAUGACGUUGGAAACGGUGGAGGUACCUGAUGGCGUUGCCCUAAAGUCAAAAUUGCUGGCCAUGCUGUUUUUGGGUGCAUCGUCUAUGAUUUCCGGUAGCGUACCGGUUUGUAUUUUCAACCGCAUGAUAAGAGGCAGCGGUCGGUCGCGGGUCAACGGUUCUCUGGUAGAUGGUAUUUUGCGAGUGGUGUUGAAUUUUGGGGGUGGUGUGCUCUUGUGUACUACAUUCUUACAUUUACUACCCGAGGUCCGCGAAGGCGUCGAACAGUUGGCCGAAUAUGGGCUUCUCAAUCCAGAACUACACACCACAGGACUUUUAGCCGAAAUAAUUAUGUGUGUCGGUUUUUUCCUCAUAUAUUCCAUUGAAGAGCUAGUGCACACGUUUGCUCAUAAUCAUCAUCACGGUCAUAGCUUGGAAGAUAUUGACACCGGUAACCGUGGUGUGUCCAAUCACGGUUUCGAAAAGGACAACGAGAAUACCAGCACCAUCUCUAAUUCCGGUAAAAUGAUUAAUUACAACUCUUUCACACAUACCAGCAAUCACACUGAAAAAACAAUAAUUACUGAAUCUAAAGAAGGAGCAUCCAUAUACAGAGGACUUCUUAUUGUUGGCGCACUCACUAUCCAUGAAUUAUUCGAAGGUUUGGCUGUAGGACUGGAGAAAAACCCCACACAGGUAUGGUCACUUACAAUAGCUGUAGCUUGUCAUAAAAUCGUCAUUGCGUUUUACGUAGGUUUACAGAUUAUCUCUGACAAAACCAAACCAUGGUUGGCUCACUGUAUGGUGCUCGUGUUCGCCAUCGCUUCUCCAAUCGGGAUAGGUUUUGGAGCUAUAGUUUCUAAUCUCGAUGAGACAGCAGGAGUGGUCAUUAUGUCCGUAUCCUUACAAGGAUUAGCUACGGGUACUUUAACCUAUGUGGUAUUUUUUGAAGUCCUCAAACCGUCUCCGAAACACCUACAAAUCGGCCCUAGAUUAGUGAAAUUGAUCUCGAUCGCUUUUGGAUUUUUCAUUAUGAUGUGUGUACAACUUAAUCUGUCAGAUUAAUUUAAACAAUUUAUAAUGGAUUAUUGAACUGAGUCUAAAUGCUAACAUUUUUACGCGUUAUUUAUUCAUUUAAUUACUCAUAUGAAUAAUUUCACACAAACGAAAAAAAGUAGAAGUAAAAAAACGAAUAAAAAUGAAGAGCUAUGACUAUUUUGAAAAUUUAAUAGACAAUAAUAUGAAACGUGAUAAAAAUGUAUAUAUUAUUUUAAUAUACAAAGUUAUGUGUAUGUAUAAAGUUGAUAACAUUUGGAUUAAAAAAAAUGAUGAAACUAUAGCUACAGAAAAUCGACUUCAUUAUUUCUAUUGAUAAAAAUACUUUCUUAUUGUUUAACUGUUAGAUUUUAAAACUAUUAAAAGAGAUAAGUUUAAAUUUACUUUUUCAAUGACUUAUAUAUAUACAUUAUUCAUCAAAAAUAAUUAUCCUCGAACUUUACCUAAGAAAAUAUUUGUAAAAUGAUUGUUAUCUCAAUAAUGAAGUACCAAUCCACAUAUUUAGCAAUAAUUUCACAAUUGCUUAUCAGACGUCUUCGUUUAUAUAAUAUAUUAUCAAACGGUCUAUUAUACUUCGUUAUCAUAUUGAAAUGUUGAUGUAAUUAUUUUCCAAAAAUGCUAUUAUUUUUUCAAAAAGGGUUGAUUCAUGUUUUGAUUUGAGACAAGUUUGAAUUAGACAUUAAAAUUCAGAGAUAAACGUUUUCAGCAGAUCUCUUUUAUUAAACUUAUAUAUCUUUUUUUUUUUUUUAAUUUUUAUUUUGUUUUUCAAAUAAAAAAACGAAGACGAAAAAAAUUUAUGUGACAUUCGAAAUUGUAAAACUCUAAACUAUUAUCAAUUUUAGCUUUGAUACAAGUUAAAAUCUUGUAAUUAAACUUGUCUAGUGCGUGUAUAAAAUAUGUAGCAUUUAAUAUUAUAAUUAACUGUAUAGUAUUGCAAUAUUAUAACGUGUACCAAAAUUAAUUAUGCAAAUUAUUAAUACUUUUUAAAUUUAAUUAGUUUAAAAUAUAUGAAAAUGAUAAUUUUGUAUGUUGAUUAACUUAUAUAGUAAAUAUACGAUCUUAGAUUCAAAUUGUAGCGAUAAUUUUUCUCUUUAUGUUGAAUAUUGACUAUUUAAUUAUAUAUUUUUGUAAAAUAAAUUAUCUGUUUUAAAUUAAAAAAAUAUGCAAAUACAUACUUAUUUUUUAACACUUGAAAAUAUCAAUGAGCAUUAAACAAAAAUUCUAAGUACCUACACUUACGGCCACGACACACUAUGACGGUUGCGCCUUACGGUCGUCAGCGUACGGCUGUACCAUUGAUCAAGAAUAUGCAUGUUUAAGUCAAGCGCGUCAUACCAAACGGUAUCGCUGUUAUCGACUGCUCGGUACGUCUCAAAACGGUCGCGUGUCACGGUUUGACGGCACUGCCAUUUAUAUUGAAAACACAUGGUUUCUUAUCACCACCAUCACACGUGGACGGUUCAAUCAUACGGUUUUGAGAGUUGUAAUAGUUCGCAAAUUGUUUUGCAUAUUUAUUUUGUAUUUUUAUUGUAAUAAAUCACUUAAAUAGAAGUCUUAGUAAUCAUUUCUAUGGAACUCUUGGUGUUUAAAUAAUUAUUUAUACUGAUAUACUGCACA